AUGGCACAUUGGUUUCAUCGAAAUCCGAUCAAAGCAACAGAACAUGUAGAUUUUCAGCUCAAAGCAAUCCUUACCACUUCACAAGCAUCGAAAAUUUGCAAUGAGCUCCGAUUAAGGCGUAGUCAUCUUUUGGAGCAUUUCAAGAGUGCUAGUAAUGAUAUGAGUGUAUUAGAAGAUGACUUCAAGCAGUAUCUAUCACUAUUUAGUGGUUUUGUAUUUGCCAUUGAUCAUGAUAAAGUUACCGAUAUGAAAACUAGCAAACUUGCCGCACUUCUUCGAUUUCGAUGGAGUAAUUCGAUGCUUGGUAUAGUAGCAACUGAAGUUAGUGACAGUUGGUAUGAAGUGCUAAAUAUGUGUGUAAAUAUGGCAUUAUGGCUGUCGAAACAUGCAGCAUGGAUUGCGGCAAAAGAUGAAGUAUUUGAAGGUGAUGCUAAAAAAGCACAUACUUGUUUACGACGUGCUGCUGGAAUAUUGAUUUAUGUACGCGAAAAUACUGAUAGAGUAACAGGAUUAACUUCAUUCCCGGGUUCUGAUUUUGAUCAAGCAGUACUUACCGCAUACAUCAAUCAGUUCACAGCUGAAGCGCAAGAAAUUACUAUGGCACGUGCUAUCGAAUUAAAACAUAGUCCUAGCUUAAUUACAGCAUUGGCUUAUGAGACAAGCCAUUUGUUCAAUCAAGCAGAUGAAAGUCUUGGAAAAUUGGAUCAAUCAUUGUUUAGAAAGUGGCGUUUUUAUCUUCAAUUAAAAUCGCAAAUAUAUACAGCAUAUGCUUAUGCUUUUUUGGGUGAAAAUCUUCUAUCUCAAAAUAAAUGUGGCGAUGCAGUAAGAGCAUGCAGAGAGGGUGUUUCAUGUUUUGAUGUUGCAAUCGAUUUUGCUGAAAAGUAUCGUAAGGCUAAUGGACCAGGAAUCACUGUAAAACCUGAUUCGCAUUUGUUUUUCCGCCGUAUUCGACCACUACUUGAACGACAUAUGGAAAAAGCUGAACGUGAAAAUGGUUUUAUAUAUCAUCAGAAGGUACCGGAUAUAUGUCCAGAACUCGAAAGAAAACCAACUUUUGGUUUGGUUCAAGCGGAGCCAUUCACAAUUCCAAGCAUUAGUCCGGUAAUCGAUUGUUAUCAUUCAGUUUUAAUUUCUUAA